CCGUUUCAAAUCUUAUGAUUUUUUUGUUUAUGCUUCGACGUUCAUAAUCGUGCCUUGUUGAGGAAAUUUUCCAGCAAAGUCUUCCACUUUCAUGAUUUAUGUAUGUGGGUUGGAUGGUAUAACUUGUUCCACUAUGCAUUGGUUGGAGUGAUUUGUAACUUGGAUUCGCGAUGAAGCUCAGGUUUUGUCGGUUAAAUUAGGUUCAAUUUAGUGAUCAGACAGAAUCGGUUGCCUGCUUUAGAGAUCGUCUCAUUUCGAAAUGGAGUGUUUUAUUUCAACAGUAAGUUUAAUAAUGUCCGAGUUGGUAUUGCCGGCCUCUUUGAAAGCUCUCUCUAUUUUUUUCCCCUUCUUUUCAUCCCACUCUUGAUCUCUGUAUUGUCUUCUUGGAAUUAUGAGUCGAUUGUUACCAAAUACUUGACGAGAAGCAGAAGUAUGAGUCGAUUCCGUGCUUGGAUUUCUACACUGUUCUGGCUGGUGGGGUUGUGCAUCCGGGGUAUACUCCCCUUGUUGCGUCUGAAGGGCCCUUCAUUGGUUUAUUUUGUAAAUGGGUAAAGUUAGCAAUGUGCGACGAAAGACUUACUCCCGCCAUCACCAGGCUACUCUGCAUCCAUUCCCAGCUUGCUCUCGGAACGUUUUUAAAGAUGUUAUCCUUAAGAAGAGCCGUUCAAAAGCAUCAGAGAAGAAAGAUUGGAAACAUGCAACCUGCUCAGUUUGUUUGGAGUACCCUCACAAUGCUGUCCUCCUACUUUGUUCCUCUUAUGACAAGGGUUGCCGCCCUUAUAUGUGUUCGACUAGCCAUCGCUAUUCCAACUGUCUUGAGCAAUACAAGAAAGCCUACACAAAGAUGACUCCAGUUCCAAGUUCUCAGCAUUUAGGCGGGAUGAUGGAAAGCUCAAGUUCUGGUCUGGGCCAUCGCAACAAAAAGAUCGAAGUGGAGCUUUUAUGCCCUUUAUGUCGCGGGCAAGUGAAGGGUUGGACUGUGGUUGAGCCAGCAAGAAAGUAUCUGAAUGCAAAGAAGAGAGCCUGCAUGCAGAAUGAUUGUUCAUUUGUUGGAAGUUACAAGGAACUCAGAAAACAUGUUAGGGCAAAGCACCCAUUAGCAUGCCCAAGGGCAGUGGAUCCUAUUCUUGAAGAAAAAUGGAAGAGAUUUGAGUGUGAGAGGGAGCAAAACGAUGUGAUCAGCACAAUUAUUUCAUCAAUACCUGGGGCUGUGGUGCUGGGGGAUUACGUGAUAGAGCCUAACCAUGGUGGCAGUUAUAGUGAUUAUGAUUCUGAUUUGGAUGACUAUUCGGAUGACUCUUUUUUCCCCUUUGCGUCAUUAAAUCAUGGACAGAAUCGUGGCAUUUCUUCGCAGAGUAGAUAUAACAGGGACCGUGAGUUUGUCAACUAUUUUGGGAGACGUCGUGCUACUGCUUUUCGUUCUGAUGCUUCAUAUGGACGAAGUUCAAUGCAACACCCAUUUGUUGACUUUUUAGGGAGGCCCCGUACUGCUGCUUUUCGUUCUGAUCCUUCGUAUGGACGUAGUUUCCUGGUUGCACGGUCAAGGAGGCAAUGGAGGCAUUGAAGAGCAAACUGUCUGUUACAAUACAGAGAAGUGGUGGUGAGAACUGGAUUCAACUCUUCAAUGGUUUGGUUUCUAUAUUCAUAAGCAAUUGGUGCGACAUGGUGCCUGUGUAUUGGUGUGCUAGAGCACUGUCCUCAUAUCAUCGAUGAGAGUAGCAGUUGAUGCAACUAUUUGGUUUAGUAGGUGGAGACGGAUAGCUAGUUUCAGCACACUGCUGGGGUUAGGUUAGGAAACAAGUGUAGGAGGCGCCAUUGCCUCCUGAUUUUUAGUUGUCUAGAAAAGAAGCAAAACAUUUUAGCUAGGUGGUCCCUUGUAGUUGUGCGAAUUUGCCAUCAUUAUUUUGCGAUGCAUAUUGGCCAUUUGAGUACAGGGUGAUGAUAAUGGCUAAAAGAAAAAGACUUCUAUCAAAUGUUUAGCUUUAAAUUUGUUCCGUCAUUGUGUCCAUGAUGCUCUCCACAUGGUCAGCAUUCCCAACAGCUCAACUCCAUGUAAAAAACUUGUUUAUUUGCCCUUUCCUAUAGAUUAUUAUUCUUAUGUGGAUGACUGUCUGGUUCAUGC